GCCAGAAAGAAAACAGGGCAUUGCGGAGGAAACUACAGCUACUGGAAAUGAAGGUGGCACGAGAGCGCGUCCUCGCGAGUCGUCCCAAUAGUGUCAAGAUCUUCGACCGAUACAGAGGAAUGGCACGAGGACAUCUCUCUGGAGGACACAGGAGCAUUGUCAAGCCAGCAGGACCAAAUGCGUGGAGAGAUGACCAACCAAUCACUGUUGAUGAGGGAAAUGGAACCUCAACCCAGCAUGUUAUUGUGAUAGAGUCUGCAGAGGCUGCAGGUCCUGGAGGAUUGUCUCUGGUCAAGCAGGAGAGUACUGAAGGAGAGAACCCAACACACAGCAGAGACAUCCAGACUGGAGCAGCGGCUGGAGUGGUGCCCCCUGUUGCCGUGGAGGACCUCGCCACCACGCCCCAGCACAGGACCCGACCCAGCAUCACGGAGGUCAGUGGAACGCUGAACGCCGUCCUCAAGUCAGAGACCGACACAGAGACUUUAACUGUAACACACAGGCUCUUACACACGGGAUCUGACCACGUAUCAGACCCAGAGAGACUGUUGUUGGGGAGACUGGGCUGUUCUCCUGCUCCUGACUCAAAGUAUUUACUUUAUGGAAACCCAAGCCCGAGGACGGUUCAUUCCCAUCAGGACUCAGGUGAUGCGGUAGAGACUGGCAAUGAUCUGUCUCGUUCUUACACUACAGUGAUGGACCCUGGCAUCAUGCCCUUGGUAUUAGAGACACAGACUGAUCUGUCUAGAGUGGACUGGAACAAGUACAGUAGUAGUGUAUACUCUGAAGGGUCCCUAGAUAAGAAAGGGGAGGGUGUGGUCGUAGAUGAGGUGACUGUGAAAAUGGAAGGCGACGCUCCUCUGACAUGUAAUGCAGACGAGACUCAUUUAUGGGAAAGAUACUCGCAAAGCAACACCAGUGACUUCUUAGACUGCAGGGAUAGGUUAGAGACAAAUCUAAAUGUUGCGACCCACUCCCCUUUACACGCAGUCAGGGAUCGCGACCCAGUAUCCCUGUCGAUGGCACCUUAUGAUUCACAUGGCAGCAUCUUUUUCGAUCAGGUAUUUAACUCUGACGACAGGGCUAGAGACGAGGUUUGGGGAGGGGGAGCAACGUCAGGCAAUAGUAAAGAUAAACGGUUCCUCUGCAUGUUCUGUAACAAAGGCUUUAGCUGCCUCCAGAAGGUGGAGAUCCACCAGAGGGUCCACACAGGGGAGAAUCCCUUCAGCUGUAUCCAGUGUGAGAAGAGAUUCUCCCGCCAGGACCACUUGAAGAGGCACCAGAGGGUCCACACAGGGGAGAAACCAUUUAGCUGCCCCCAGUGUGAGAAGAGGUUCUCCCAGGCUGGUGACCUGAAGAGGCACCAGAGGGGCCACACUGGGGAGAAACCCUUUAGCUGUACCCAGUGUCACAUGCGCUUUGCCCUGGCUGGCAACCUGAAGAUGCACCUGAAGGUCCACAAGGGAGAGAGGCCAUUCACCAGUAUGCAUUGCGGGAAGAGAUUCUCAGAGAGGAGCUACCUCAGGACACACCAGCAGAAAAAACAUUCCUCUGUAUAAUAUAGAAAAGUAACCAUUCUGCUCGAUAGCUUCUGACGUUUAGAUCAAACACUGCAUUAAAGUCAAAGAUACAUUUUUAUUGUUGUCAGCUGAAAAGAUCCACAGAUGCAUUUGGAAUAACGAGAGUAACAGAUUUCAGUGUUGGAUAUUCCUGGGUAGAAAAUUGCAUCCAGACAUUGUGUGAUAUACAGUGCCUUCAGAAAGUAUUCACAUCCCUUGACUUUCUCUACAUUUCAUUCUUACAGCCUUAAUUUCAAAUUGAUGAAAUUGAGAUUGUCUUUUUAAAAAUGAAUAAAAAAUGAUAAGCUGGAA